AAUUGGCGCUUGGAGCGAACCCACCGCUAUUUUAGCCCAUCUAUUAGUAUCCUGAUGGAAGGUCCUCUGAGUAAAUGGACAAAUGUAGUCCAGGGAUGGCAAUACAGAUGGUUUGUUCUUGAUUUGGCCAUGGGUGUUCUUUCUUAUUAUACAUCAAGAGAAAAGAUGAUUCGUGGAGAACGACGUGGCUGUGUCAAGCUAAAGAAUGCGCAGAUGGGUAUAAAUGAUGAGGAUGACAGCACAUUUACCAUCACAGUUGACUCAAAAGUUUUCCACUUUCAAGCCCGCAAUGCAGAAGAGCGUCAGCGAUGGUUGGAUGCUCUUCAAGAAGCUAGAGAUCUUCAUACUGAUAACUAUGCGCUUCUCCAGCACACUAGCCGUCUUCUAGAUUCGUCAGUUACCGUCUCAGAAUUCGAUCGUCGGAUUAUCGAAGCAGAUGCCUACCUACAGAUUCUCAUCGAUCAACACCAGGUAUUGAUUUCGAAUAGCAAUCGAUCAGCAACUAAGUCACCAUGA